AUGGGGGAAGAAGGGUUACCUGGCGGGGCUGUGGCGGAGGCCGGUGGUGGUGCCUUGGUUCACGGACGGCGGCUCCAGGCGGCGCUGCGGCUGUUUCCAGUGGCAGAGAGUGAGGUUGUUCCUCUUCCCUCGUCCUCCGUUUCCAUUUCCUUCCGUUUUCUCUCCUUUCUUCUUCCUCUUUGUGUUCUUGGGUCUCUUUAUAGAGCCAAGGGGCGGGGCUUUUUAGAGGUAGAGGUACGGCUUCCCCAUUUUCCUGGUAGGCGUGCGGCGGGUGGUCGGCCAGUGGGCGUGGCUGGCGAGGAGCGGCUCCCUCGGUUUUCUGGUAAGAGGCCCUAUUUGGGUUAUCAAUCUAAUGUUGAUUUCAAGGUAAAGGUUGGCGAUAGAAUAGUGCAGUUGAUUCUUGAGAAAAUUGUAACUCCUGAUGUCAUGGAAGUCGAGGAUUUGGAUGCAACUGUGAGAGGUGUUGGAGGGUUUGGAUCUAUUGGUGUUUGA